AGCGCUUUGUAAGGAGAUACAGUGAGAACAGAUACCCAGAAAACUAGUCUACACGACAUUUAAAUGAAGUUGUGGGGUCAAAAAAAAAAACUGAAGACUUUGCUGUAUUGAGACCAAACCGCUGAAAACACAUAAAGGGUUGGCAUGGACGACGGCAGCGUAAGGAGGAGAAAGGAUGCAGGGAACGUGGCCUCCCUCUCCCCCACUACAGAGGAGAAGGUGAAGGCCACAGUGCUGCAGAAGGAAGUGGGUCUCCUGAGCGGAAUCUGCCUGAUCGUGGGCACCAUGAUCGGCUCAGGGAUCUUCAUUUCUCCCAAGGCCGUGCUGGAGCACUCUGGGGCGGUCGGACCAUGCCUGUGUGUGUGGGCAGCCUGCGGGUUGCUGGCCACUCUGGGUGCACUGUGCUAUGCGGAGCUGGGCACCAUGAUUACUAAAUCGGGUGGAGAGUACCCCUAUCUGAUGGAGGCCUUUGGGUCCAUCGUGGCCUACCUGUACUCCUGGACCACCAUCAUGGUCCUAAAGCCCUCCUCCUUCGCCAUCAUCGCCCUCAGCUUUGCGGAGUACGCAUCCACUCCGUUCUACCCGGGGUGCCAGCCUCCUGUUGUCGUCACUAAGUGUCUGGCUGCAGCUUGCAUCUUAUUGAUAGUACUGGUCAACUGUCUUAGCGUCAAGCUGGCCAGUUACGUCCAAAACUUCUUUACCGCAGCCAAACUCUUCAUCAUUCUUAUCAUUGUGGUGUCCGGCAUUGUGCUGUUGGCCCAAGGGAACACACAGAAUCUGUCAAAUGCCUUCGAAGGGUCAUCGACCUCUUUUGGCAACAUUGGACUUGCGUUUUACAACGGCCUUUGGGCUUACGAUGGGUGGAACCAACUUAACUUCAUAACUGAGGAACUGGAAAACCCAUUUAGGAAUCUUCCCCUGGCCAUCAUCAUCGGGAUCCCCCUGGUGUCAGUUUGCUACGUGCUGGUCAACAUUGCCUACUUCAGUGCCAUGUCCGCCACAGAACUGUUACAGUCUCCAGCCGUCGCUGUGACUUUUGGUGACCGGGUGCUCUACCCCGUGUCCUGGGUCGUCCCUCUGUUUGUGGUCUUCUCCACGUUCGGGGCGGGCAACGGAAGUUGCUUCACCGCCGGCAGGCUGACCUAUGUGGCUGGAAGGGAAGGUCACAUGGUGAAGAUCUUGUCCUACAUCAGCCCCAAGUACUACACUCCAUCCCCUGCCCUUAUCUUCAACGGGAUUCUGGCUAUUCUUUACACCGUCCCAGCAGACAUUAACAGUCUUAUAAACUACUUUAGCUUCGCCCAGUGGGCGUUCUACGGUCUAACGGCUCUUGCUCUCAUCGUCAUGCGCUUCACCAGGAAGGAACUUCACAGACCAGUCAAGGUACCGAUAGCCAUCGCCUUCUUGGUGGUGAUCGUGUCCUGUUACCUGGUCCUGGCCCCCAUCAUAGACAAGCCAGAGCUCGAGUAUCUCUACUGCACUGUCUUCAUAGUCAGCGGCCUGCUACUAUACUUCCCUUUCGUCCACCGCAAGUUCGGCUGGACACGCAAAGUCAUGAGGCCCAUCACCAAGCACCUGCAGCUGCUGAUGGAAGUGGUGCCCCCAGACAAAAUUGAAUGACGAAGACGAAUGGACGUUAAUGGACAACUAGUGGAUAUCUAGACUGCUCUUCCACUGAACAGAAUAUCCGGACAACCCAGAGGAAUAGUCUAGAUCUCAUGCUGGAUGCAACAGGGAUCCCUCUGAUAACUGAAAUGAAUGUACAUUUAAUUCUGGGGCUAUUUAAUCUGGCUUGAACUGCAAUUCCUUCCCCUCUGGUCUGGUCCUCUUCGUUGUCUGUCCAUGUAUGAACUGCCAGCAAGUCUUUUGUUUACACCAUAGGAAGAUACUAAAAACCUAUAAAGCUUUCAAAAUGCCCAUGACUUUUUGUUAGUUUAGUUUUUUCCCCCUCAUGCUUUAGUUUUAAUGAAAUGUUUGAUACCACAUUCAAGCAAUGUGUACACUAACGUUUUACUGCAAAUAUUGUAAGUUUAAAAGGAUACAGACCUCCUUGUUCUCUCUGUUUUCAAUGUUGUGCUACUAUUGCAGUGUAGAACUUCUGUAUUUUUGAUUGUACGUGAAUGAAAGAAAAAUGGA